AUGGCCACACAACUCAGCCCUCGAAAUUCAGAAGUCCAGGCACUUGAGCAGAAAGGAUAUGCUAUUGGGAAAAAAAUUGGACAGGGUACUCAUGCAACAGUUCAUUUAGCAGAAUUUAUUGAUAACUCCAAUGGGAAAAAAGUAAGACUGGCAUGUAAAAUUUUUAAUAAAAAGAAGGCACAUAGCAAUUUUCUGAAUACCUUUUUUCCACGUGAAUUGGAAAUUCUUACAAAAAUAGACAAUCCCCACAUCAUUCAAGUUCACAGCAUUCUUCAGAGAGGACCUCGAGUGUUUAUAUUUAUGCGAUAUGCGGAAAACGGUGAUCUGUUGGAGUACAUACUACGAACUGGACCUGUACCAGAAGAGCUAUCAAAACUGUGGUUUCGCCAAAUGGCAUCUGGCCUUCAGUAUCUUCAUAAAAUGAAUAUUGCUCAUCGCGAUCUAAAGUGCGAAAACAUUCUUUUGUCGAGAAACUUUGAUGUUAAAUUAGCAGAUUUCGGCUUUGCUCGCUAUUGCGUUAAUCAGGAUGGCCGACGAGUAUUAAGUCAAACUUACUGUGGUUCGGCUGCCUAUGCAGCACCAGAAGUGGUCGCGAGUAUCCCUUACAAUCCAAAAUUGGCCGAUGCAUGGUCUCUCGGAGUUAUUCUUUUUAUAAUGCUUAACGCUGUGAUGCCUUUCAAAGACAAGCACUUACAUCAAUUGCUCAAGGAUCAAAUGAACAAGAAUUGGGCGUUCCAGCCGAACAUUCGCGAUACUGUGUCCACUUUAGCAAGAAAUAUUGUGAAACAGAUUCUAGAACCAGACAUAACGUUGAGACUUACCAUCGAUAGGAUUUUAUCUCACGAUUGGAUUACAACCAAGAACGAUAGAAGCGGUUACAAUAACGGAAAACCCGUCCAUUCUGCACCACCUGCGUAUCAUCAAGAAAGUGGAGCGAAACCUGAGACCACCACAUUAAGGCCGUACCCUGGCAGAUUAGGAACAAAAAAUCAAGUACCUCUGUCAGUCAGAUUGGGUCUGAGGUCAUUUAAAGGAAGCACCAGUACCCGCAAUCAGGGAACAUAA